AAACUUGUUUAAAAAUAACAUAAAUUAUAAAAAUUUCAAGCCGGCAAGUUUAAUAACGCAUUACUAACGCACGUUAAGAACUCAAUUGCUAAAAAGGAAAACAUUGUUGAAACUACAACAACAACAGCAACAAUUGAUACAACAUUGUUGCCAACAACAGAAGAUAUAAACGCUGCAUUUGUUACAGACAAAAGUCUUGAACAACAAAAAGAAGAGGAGGAGUUGGAGGAAUACUCAGCUGCAGCCAUGACUAAAGAAGAGUUGUAUGAAGCCAACGGAAACGGAAAUAACGAAUUUGAAACCAAUAUGUCUGAGGACAACGACAACAAUAACGACAAUGUUGUCGACAAUAUUGACAAUGAGGAAAAUUCAGAAGUUGAACAUACAAUUGAAAAUAAUGAGGAUAUAGAAGAGGAAGUAAAUGACAAUUUAAAUGAAUCAUCAAGUAGCAACAACAACACUGAUGCUGAAGAUGAUGACUCUGACAAGGAGCAAGAGAAUAAUGAUGAUAUUAACGGCGACGAUGUUGAAGAUUCAAAUGCAGAUGAAGCCAAAGCCGAUAUUGAAAUUGUCAAUUUGAAGAAAAUGAAAAAUUCAAAUUAUUCCGCUGCCAUACGCAACAAAGAACGCGAAGACGAAUCAUCAUCAGAUGAUGAGGAUGCCAAUGCCAACGUUCCCGAAAUGCCACCCACAUUCAAUGAUGAAUGGGGCAACUUUAAUGAGCCAACUAAUGAGCAAAAUGAUUUGAGCAACGAUAUUGAUGUAUACGAUGUUGUACCAAUUGAUUUAUCCAAUGAUAUUGCCGUCAAUGAUGCAGCCAAUUUGCCACUUAAUCCCGAUGCAGAAUUCAUUGAUAUCUAUGGAGUGCAACAUCAAUCAAAUGUCAUGCCAAAAUUUGAAAAAUUAUCCUUAGACUAUCAGCCACCCUCCGGAGAGGAAUGGUCUAAUACACCAGCCAAAUAAAUUUAGGGGGAUGAUAAUAAUGAUUUUAUUAUUUAGUUAAGCAGUAGUCAGUCAGUCAGUCAGUCAGUCAUUAUAAAAAUAUAUUUUGUAGGUCUUUUAAGUCGGACAUAUUUUUUUGUAUUUUUUAUUACGUUUUGUAUAAAGUGUGAUUUAUUUCAUUUAUAACUCAUUCUCACCCUUAUGACUCAGUUUUUCUUUUUUUUGUGAAACAUUGUUUGUAUGUUUUUUUAUAAAUUUUUAUUUUAUAA